CGCGAUUGUGAAAAGAAAGAAACUGAGCAAAAAGACAGAGUGGCGAUUACUGAUACGCAGUGGCGAGUAUCAACUUACAGUAGGAUCUGCGUCUCGAUCAAACUCAUAAAUAUGGACAUGGCAGGAAUGAAGGCGCCAAAUCUAGCACCGCUCCAUCUCAUCAACAUAGUGUGUUUUGGAAGACUCUGCGACCAUAUUCAUCUUUCUGAUACAACCAGAAUUAGCGGCUGAACCAUGGCGGAAGAACAGAGAUUCCAAGAAAGCCCAAAGGCAGAGCCAGGCACUAGCCAGCCACCUGUUGCAUUUCCAGAAGACCCAGAAAAACAGGACAAUAGCUCCUCUGAAGCUAGCGAUGCUAAGGAGGCACCUGUGCGGGAAAUGGGUGGAGCCAAGUGGGCCCUUGUCGUCAUCAGUAUCUUGUCCAGUAUUCUUGUAUACGCAUUGGACAAUACCAUUGUUGCUGUCCUCAUUCCACCCAUUGUCAACGAUUUCAAGGACGUUGGUGAUCUAGGAUGGCUCACAGUAGGUUUUAUGAUCGGUGGUGUAGCUUCGAUCCUGCCUCUGGGGAAACUCUACAAUAUCCUCGAUGCGAAAUGGCUGUAUCUUGGCUCAAUGAUCGUUUUCAUGGCGGCCUCCGCUCUUUGCGGAGGGGCGCCUACCAUGAACGCCAUGAUUGUAGGGCGAGUGUUCGCGGGUGCUGGCGGCAUUGGACUAUAUAUCGGAGUGAUGACCCUGCUAUCGGUGAACACAACUGAGAAGGAGCGCCCUGCGUAUUUGAGUCUGGUAGGCCUGGUCUGGGGGGCAGGCACAGUGCUCGGUCCGGUCAUUGGAGGCGCUUUUGAACAAGUCACGUGGCGAUGGGCAUUCUACAUCAACCUCAUCAUCGGAGCCGUUUUCAGCCCAGUUUACUUGUUCAUGCUUCCAUCAUUUCACCCUACAUCGCAUGUUUCUCUCAAAGAGCGAUUUGGAAAGUUGGAUGGCGUCGGCAUCGUAAUCAGUAUUGCCGCUUUCAUCACUAUCAUCAUGCCUAUCAACUUCGGUGGUACGCUCUAUUCUUGGAGCAGUGGCUCCAUCAUCGCGCUAUUCGUCGUAUCUGGUGUGCUUUGGAUUGCAUUUGGCAUACAGCAAGGCCUGGCCUUGUUCACGACAAAGGAGACACGCUUGUUCCCAGUCGAGUUCGUCCGAAACAAAGAAGCUGUCCUGCUCUUCGUUCUCGCUGCUGCUUGCAACUCAGCCGUCUUCGUUCCGAUAUAUUAUAUCCCCAUUUACUUCCAAUUUACCCGAGGAGAUGACGCCCUUCAGUCUGCAGUCAGAUUGCUACCCCUCAUCUUUCUGCUGUGUUUCACCAUUCUAUCCAACGGAUAUCUCAUGUCAAAAAUGGGCUAUUAUAUGCCUUGGUAUGCUGUGGGCUCAGCCUUCGCACUGGUUGCCACCGUUUGUCUCUCUCGGAUCAAUGCUUCGACAUCGACAUCUUACAUCUAUGGCUUUGAGGCACUCCUGGGACUGGGAGGAGGCGCAUUUGUGCAAGCUGGAUACGCCGUCAUCCAGUCUGUUGUUGAUGCCGAUCACGUGGCUAAUGCCGUGUCUUUCAUGAUGAUUGCUCAAAUCGGUGGAAUUGCGCUUUCACUUGCAAUUGCCAGUUCCGUCUUCAUCAAUGGCGCUACUGUUGAUUUGAAGCAUCUGUUACCCAACGUACCCGUCAAGGAACUCCAGGCGUCCAUUUCAGGUACAAGCAGUGGGCUAUUGGCAAAAUUGCCAGAAUCAACACGACAGAACGCUCUUAAUAUAAUCAUCAACAACAUGGGUAAAACAUUCAUUCCAGCGUAUGCUGCCGCGGCUCUUGCCUUUGUCGGCGCGAUGUUCCUCAGACGCAAGCGAACUUUCAUCGCUGUCGGAGCCGCAGCUUAAGUCUCUGUUAUAGAGAGAUAUAAGAAACGCCCUCUCGGUCUACUGCAUCGUUGGAGCAUUCUUGAGAGUACCUUAUGAAAGUUUUAGCUGGC